ACUGUGUUUUCUUGCACCUGACUAUUAUGGAAUAUAUCUCAGAACCUGCUAAGGAUUUAUUUGUUUAAAUCUUCUUAUUUGAUGGAUCAUAGCUCCUAAUCUGAGAAUGCACUUUGGAUCUUCAUACUUUUUUCUUUUUCCUUUUAACUUCUGCUAAUCCUGUUUUCUUUGUAGUUGCAUAAAUGUCUUGCCAUUGGUGUUGAGAAUGUGUAUUAUAGGGUUGUUUGGCAGCUCAGGGCUGCUUGGUGAUGGCGAAUGUUCUUUUAUAGGGCUGUGGCACACGUAGCAGAGUGAACUGGCUAACGGUUUCUUAUUUUCAUGUGGGCCUCAUUUGUUCACUCAGUCCGGAACAGGAAGGCCCCGGAGGGGUUGGGGUGUGUGUGACUGAGGCUGUGUAUGUGCAUUUGAAACUGCAGGCUAGAUGAUACUAGAUACCCAAAUGCCAUGAGAAACUCUGCUCAACCCAUGUUUGUCACUUUUUCAGACAAUGCAAGCUAUGCUUGUAUUCUCUCGAGUUUCAGAUAAACCAUCGGUGACUUGAAUGUUUUUAGGAACUGCUGGUGAUUGUGAGCCACAGUGUAUUUUCUUUUGCCACAGUGACAGACUUUAAUCUUAAACCCGUUUGUCGAUACAUCGUGGUUUACUUGGUGUUAUGAGCAAACGUUUAUGAGUAAGCGUAACAUCCAGAUGAACAGAAUCAACUUUUUUGGAUAACUUACUUGGAUAACUGAGCGUGCAUCAAGACGUUACAAGCAUAGGUUUACUAGCCAUUAUGCUCAUAUGUAAUCGCUUUUGUUUUAUUGAUCAAACUCGUAGGGUUUGCAUUUUGAACCCUCCUUGCCUCUCAGUGAGCUGACAUUUGUUUUAACUUUUUUAUGGAAUGUCUCUUUAAGGAUGGAGGAGGGGACAUGCAGAGCAUUCCUUUAGUUUCAGAACUGAAAAAAAAAAAAAAGAUUAUCCCACAAAUGUGGUUGACCUUUGAGUUCUACCCCGAAAACCACUCAUCCUAGCGGGAAACCAGAGCUGUAGCCAAAGCUAUGAUCUGGUCAAGUGUGUGACCUGUCAGGGGUCUGUGGGUGGGUUUUCUUCUCUAGGCUUUUCAAUAAAGGCUACAUCCUUGGAACUAGGCCCUCUGUGGCUCUCACAAAGGAGGAGCCAAACACUCAAAGACCUUCAUUUAUUGCCAGACCCCCUUUAUUCCUGUCUUUUUUUUUUCUUUUUUCUUUUUGCCUCAGAGGAAGUGGGGUGCUACGCAAGAGCAAAGGGAAAUCAGUCGUUUCCAGUGCUACAUACAGUAUGUGUGUUGCAUUUUUAGGUUUUGGAUUUAUUUAUUAAUUUAAAAAAGUCUUUGCCACUUUAUAAACAAAGACAUAAAAUAGUGCCAGAAAUGACAGAAGAUUUAAUGUGGCCAUAAUUAAGAUCUAGGCCAGAAAUGUGUGAAGUUUAUUAGAUAUAUCUCUUCCUACUGGUAUCUAACAAUGGGCCCAAAUCCUUCAGGGGUAUUCUGUUGUUACUGAAGGGGCUUGAGAGGUACUGUUAUUUGUCAUGGGGGGCUGUCCCUUCAGUGGUAUGUACCAACUCUCUGUGGAUUUUUCUUUUUUUUUUUUUGUUGCUACAGAUCUAUAGCUCUAUACACUGUAUGUCAAAGAAAGCACUGUGUGAAUAUUGUGACCUAGUAGGACUAAAAUGCUAUGACUGCAAUGUAAGGACAGAGGUGCAGGGUAAUUACAGCUAAAUGGCCCUAUGUGUUGUUGCAAAUCUCAGCUUGUGCUUAGCGGAGAUCAGCGUUACCAUGGUGAUAUUUAUCAUCCUUUCUCUUGGAGCAUAAUGAACAUUUGCAGACUCCAUUGUAGAUGAUAAUAUGGAAAGUAUUUUAAUUUCAUGAAACAAAGUGGGAGAUGUUGUAAAAUCAAAUGAAAACAACAACAAUGGAAAUCAGCAGAGUCCCUGUUGACAGAUCCUCUGGGACCCGGGUGCCUUAGUCUGGCUGAGGAGGAGAUAAAGACAGAGUCUGAUGUGGUAGAGGGAAUGGAUGCAUCUGUGCGAUCCAAAGUCCCUGAUCCACCAGGGUCAGCAGAAAGAUCAGUGGCACCACAGAAACGAAAGGUGUCGAGUCCCACCCAUUCCUCCAAUGGGCACUCUCCCUCAGACACCUCCCCCAGCCCUCUUAAGAAGAAGAAGAAGCCAGGGGCCUUGAAUUGUAACAACAAAGACCAGUCAGAGCUAAGACAUGGUCCCUUUUACUAUAUGAAGCAGCCAGCACUCACCACAGACCCUGUUGAUGUUGUACCGCAGGACGGCAGGAACGACUUCUACUGCUGGCUGUGCCACCGCGAGGGCCAGGUGCUCUGCUGUGAGCUCUGCCCCAGGGUGUACCACGCCAAGUGCCUCAAACUACCAGCUGAGCCCGAGGGCGACUGGUUCUGUCCAGAGUGUGAGAAAAUUACAGUCGCUGAAUGCAUUGAAACCCAGAGCAAGGCGAUGACAAUGCUGACAAUAGACCAGCUCUCCUAUUUACUCAAAUUUGCACUCCAAAAGAUUAAACAGCCUGGGACUGAGCCCUUUCAGAAGCCUGUAUCUCUGGAACAACAUCCAGAUUAUGCAGAGUACAUCUUCCACCCCAUGGACUUAUGUACUUUAGAGAAGAAUGUAAAGAAGAAGAUGUAUGGCUGUACUGAAGCUUUUCUUGCUGAUGUGAAAUGGAUAUUGCACAACUGCAUCAUCUAUAAUGGAGGCAAUCACAAAUUAACAGCAACUGCGAAAGUCAUUGUCAGGAUCUGUGAACAUGAGAUGAAUGAGAUUGAGGUGUGUCCAGAGUGCUACCUGUCCGCAUGCCAAAAAAGGGACAACUGGUUUUGUGAGCCAUGUAGUCAACCCCAUCCCCUGGUUUGGGCUAAGCUCAAGGGCUUUCCAUUCUGGCCAGCAAAAGCACUUCGUGAAAAGGAUGGGCAAGUAGAUGCACGCUUCUUCGGGCAGCACGACAGGGCCUGGGUUCCCAUCAACAACUGCUACCUCAUGUCCAAAGAGAUCCCUUUCUCUGUAAAGAAAACAAAGAGCAUUUUCAAUAGUGCCAUGCAAGAGAUGGAGGUCUAUGUGGAAAACAUUCGCAAGAAGUUUGGAGUCUUCAACUACGCACCCUUCCGCACUCCGUACACCCCCAACAACCAGCUACAAAUGCUGGUGGACCCUUCCAACCCCGGUGCUGGUACAGUGAAAACAGAGAAACCAGAUAAACUUCGCUUCAACUUUGAUAUAACCGCUUCUCCUAAGAUGGUCCUCAGCAAGAGUAGCACACCCAGUAGUAUGAAUCGGCGGGUCUCAAUGACAGACAUGCCUCGGUCUCCCAUGAGUACAAACUCUUCGGUUCACACAGGGUCUGAUGGAGAGCAAGAUGUGGAAAAGGGCAACAGAAAUCCUGCACUCCAUUACAGCACUGGAGAGGAAUCGAUGGACUGUACUGCAUCUCCUGUUUCAGGGAAGAUGGGUCCUGCAGGCAGUGUGUCAGGUAGUCCAAAGCCCUUUAACCCUGGACUGGUGCCAAAGCAGGAGAGGACUGCAGGGACAGGUGGCAUCCUCAAUCUCAACCUGGAUCGAGUCAAGGCUGAAAUGGAUCUCAAAGAGCUGAGUGAGACUGUUCAACAACAGCAGCAACAACAAGGAGUCCCUGCGCCCCCUUCUACUCCAAAGAGACCCAUCAGGAGCUUGGACAAGACUAUUGAAAGCUGCAAGGCACAGCUUGGUAUUGAUGAGAUAUCUGAAGAUGCGUAUAAAGAUGUGGAUCACAGUGACUCUGAGGACUCUGAGAAAUCAGAUUCAAGUGACAGCGAGUAUCUCAGUGAUGAGGAACACAAGCCAAAAAGCUCAGCUCAGGAGGACAAGGACAAAAUGGAGAGAAAAAGGUCUAAAGCAAGCACUGAUGGAGAGAAUAAGGAAGGAGCUGUGGCAACGGGGGAUAAAGCCACCCCGGAACCCCCACUCAAAGAGAAGCAGGGUAGCAAUGGCCCAGAUAGAGACCUCAAGGACAAGCCCAGAACACCCCAGUCUCAACCCCUUGCUGACAAACCCAAAGCCCCAGAGGAUGUCAAAGCAGCUGCUAAUACAUCAGCAGCUGAGCAGGACUCUGAUUCUGAAAGAGAGCUUGUGAUUGACUUAGGGGAUGAACAUGGAGGUCGUGACUCAAAGAGGGCAAAAAGAGAGCUGGGAUCUUCCACUGCCAAAGCUGCCAAAGAGUCUAAUGUUGCUAAGCUGGAAGGCAAACUGCCUUCAUCUGCUGCAUCAGUAGCAUCAGCACGUGAUGUUACAUCCAGCAUGAAAGACUCGUCGCAGCCUUCCGUCACAUCGGCGCUCAACCUCGUUUCCUCUGCCGCUUCUGCUCAGCCCAGUGCCACGACCACCACCAGUGGAUCCACCACUACACCUUCUCCUGUCUCCACUUCUUCACCAGUGACUACAGCUGUAAAGAAACAGCGUCCCCUACUGCCUAAAGAGACUGCUCAAGCUGUGCAGCGGGCUGUAGUUUGGAAUCCAACAAAGUUUCAAACGUCUUCUCAGAAGUGGCAUAUGCAGAAGAUGCAGAGGCAACAGCAACAGGAUGGAGAGCAGUCGGCUGUGCAGACGCGCAGCCCACAACAGCAGAACUCUUCUUCAAGCACUCGCUAUCAGACCAGACAAGCAGCCAAGGGGCAACAAAAAGACCCACCUCUGAGUGCAUCCUCAUCAACAUCUGCCCAGGUCACAUCUGGUAGCUCUUCUUUUAUGUCUGGUGACUUGCAGAUCCCCACAGUCUCAGCUGAUGUAGCUGCAGAUAUAGCUAAAUACACAAACAAAAUUAUGGACACAAUAAAGGGGACGAUGACCGAAAUCUACAAUGAUCUUUCCAAAAGCACAUCGGGAAACACGAUUGCAGAGAUUCGACGGUUAAGGAUAGAGAUCGAGAAGCUCCAGUGGCUCCAUCAGCAAGAGUUGUCAGAGAUGAAGCACAAUCUGGAACUAACAAUGGCAGAGAUGAGGCAGAGUUUGGAGCAGGAAAGAGAACGAUUGGUGGCUGAGGUGAAAAAGCAAAUGGAGUUAGAAAAGCAGCAAGCGGUGGACGAGACCAAAAAGAAACAGUGGUGUGCUAACUGUCGGAAGGAGGCCAUCUUCUAUUGCUGCUGGAACACCAGUUACUGUGAUUACCCCUGCCAGCAAGCCCAUUGGCCAGAGCACAUGAAGUCCUGCACACAAUCGGCCACAGCGCAGCAGGAGCCGGAGGCAGACCCCAACUCAGAGCCGUCAGUCAAACCAUCAGGCCACUCUCCCGCCACGCAGACCGUGCCUUCAGGCUCAGGAUCAAUAUCGGACAAAAGCAACUCUCCCACAUAUAUGGACAAAAGCAAGGACAGUGCUGGUGUUACUGUGACCUAACUGCUACACUAUGGGCACAUUUUGGGAGGUCACUGUGGGACUCUUUGGUUCAGAUGUGGUGCCGGAAGGCCCACACCUCUGUGACAAAUCGCUUUUUCCCAUUCCCUUAUGUACACCUAGUUUUUGGUUCAAAUGUCAUUCUCAGUUUCCUCAUCUACGUUCAGGUGGUUUCACCUUGUGAAAGCUGUCCGUCUUGAGAAAUAAAUGUGAGUCAAUAUGUUUUCAUACUGUAGUUAUGUUCCAGCUCUCUCACCACUUUCUCAUCUCUGAGCAAGAUUGUAUGAAUCCACAUAAAACUUUUGUCUUUAUCACUUCCAUUGCUGCUCCUUCAGGGUUGUUUUAUUUUGCCGACUGUUCUCCAUAUUGUGAGACAAAACAUUUGAAACAGCCAUCAACAUUCAUCAUGGUGCCAUCAGAGAUCUUUUGACUGAUGCAAGUUUUAUCUUUGGUAUAAACCACCGCUUCAUGCCAACUAAGGUGUUUGGGGUUUUUUGUUGUUUUUGUUUUGUUUUUUUAAUUUAGCAAUGCAAGUUUAAAAAUGGUUUCAGCCAUGUCCUCUUCAUGUCAGUGGUGGCAUUUCUGUCUCCUACCAGUUUUGUAUUGUAGUUUUAUGUUGUAUAGGACUACAGAAAGAGAUCCAAUUUAUGAAAAUGAACUAAAAAUUUAAACUGUACAAAGUUUUUGUAAGAAGAUACCUGAACAAUAUUUAUAGUGUUAUAUGUUUUUAUAGUAUGUUUGUUGGAAUUACAUUUCUAUGUGUUUAAAAAAACAAAACAAAAAAAAGUUAUUGGAAAGUAUAUUACUUUAUAUGAAUGUCAGCUCUAAGCAAAGCCAGUUUGACCAGAUAUCCAAAGUAAAUCCUGGUCAGACUGCUGCUAAGAACUGGGUAGACAUUAAUAGAAACUGCAUUUUGGCUGGAUAUUACUGCCUGUGAGCAUGUCUGUUUUGAGCUUGUGUCUCGUUCUUGUUUACAUAUUGUAUAUAAAAUAAAUGGAUCCGUGAAGAGGAAAAAAAAAUAAAAAAUUUGUCAGUUUGGUG